CAAAAAAAAAGGUAUAAUACGCGCUAGAGAAGUAAGUGCGGAAGCGACAUGGGUUGAGAAUAAUUGUGGGUUGAUGUCAACGCUCGAGCUUAUUACAACUAAUGGAGAGGCGCCAUGAAUGUGAGCACCAUGACCAUCAUAUCAUACAUCCACAUAUGAGGCCAUGACAUGACAUGGCCACAUUCUUUGAGUCCCCACUCCAAGUGAAGGUGUACGUCGCUUCUCAAGAAUCUCAACCAUCUCUUCUCUCUUCAUCAUCAUUAAUCAACAAUCCGACGGCUCCAAAUCGAUGAAAUUGAGUCCUGCCUAUUUGCCAGGUGGAGAGAAUUUCGUAGAUUGGUUCUCUGCCGUUGAUGAUGAUGUUUUGGUUCCGUGACCGUGAGUUGGGCCCAGGUGAUUAAAUCCCUUUGUUUUCUUUUUUCUCUUGAAUUCUUUAUUGCAUGGUAGGGUCAGUUGCACUGAACUCUCUGAGUCUGAGCUCUCUCCGUAGGAAAGUGAGAAAUUUCGCAACACCCACUUCUUCCUUCUCCGCUUCACCGCCACUUCUCUCUCCAUGGAGAGCCCAAGAUUCAAACUUGAACCCCAAACCCUCUCGCCCAGCAGCAGCGGCAGAAGAAGCAGCGAUUCCAACUCCCCGGAGUUCGAGUUCUGGAUGGUCAGAAACCCGUCUUUCCCACAACCCAAUCUCCUCUCCGCCGACGAAUUGUUCGUCGAUGGCGUUCUCCUCCCCCUCCACCUCCUUCGCCACAACCCCGACUCCUCCAAACCGGUUCAGGAACUCAACUCCGAAGCACCCGACUCAGAGCCCCCGAUUCCGGACACGGAGCCGGAGCCUGGACCUGGGCCUGAGAUAUCAAGUGCGGCGCCGGCGUCGACGGCAUCGAAACGGUGGAAGGACAUUUUCAAGAAAGGGGAGAAGAAAAGCGCGAAGAACGGUGAGGAUAAAGAGAAGGAGAAGGAGAAGAAGAAAGAGAGGAAGAGUGGGAGUGGAGCGAGUUCUGCUGAGUUGAACAUCAAUAUAUGGCCGUUUUCCCGGAGCCGAUCCGCCGGUAACAACGCCGUCCGGCCGAGGAUGGCCGCGGGAGGCGCCGGAACUCGGAAGGUGAGUAGCGCUCCGUGUUCGAGGAGUAACUCAGCGGGCGAGUCCAAGUCCAGGAAAUGGCCCAGCAGUCCAGGUCGACCCGGUGUCCACUUGGGUCGGAGCAGCCCCGUUUGGCAGGUUCGCCGCGGAGGCUCAGCUUCGAAGAGCCUCGAACCUCUGGUUCGGAAUGCAGAGAAAGGAUCGAAAAAAGAAGGAUCCGAGAAUCGCCGCAAUAGAACCCCAGCCCCCGCUCCCCCCGCCGGCAUACCCAAAGCUAGGGUUUUGAAUUUGAACGUCCCAAUGUGCAUCGGCUACCGCCACCAUUUGAGUUGCCGAAGCGAUGAAAACAGCACCAUUGGUACCAGCCACACCAUCGGCAGCCGUGGCGGCGGCGCUGGCGCUAGCAUGGGUAACGGCGGUGGCGGCUCCGGUAACGUUGGAAGCGCGAGUAAUCUGUUUAAUUUGCGCAGCCUCUUCACCAAAAAGGUGUAUUAACUAUUAAUUAAACCCCCUCAUUAUUGCUUAUCUUUUCAAAUUAUUACUAAUAGAUUAGAUUUAAUUUUUCUGCCCUUUUUUUUUUUUUUGGAAUUUUCUUCAUAUUUUUGCCAUGUGAGAGCAAAAUCCAAGUUUCACUCCAUGUGUACAUUUCUGUAAUUAACCACGAAAGCUAUGUAUCUUUUUAUUUCUAA